AUGUCUGGAGUUUUAUCGACAGCUUCCGGACAACGGGGCUUUAUGGAAUUCAGUCCAACCAGGAAUGGCGACAAAACUGACAAGGAAAACGUUGCUGUUUUGAGCCUUGUUCUGUUUUCCAAGGCACCAUUUGUAUCUUUUGGGACAGUGAAAACAGGCACCUCGAAGUCUACCAUUCUACGCAUUGAAAAUCCCACCAGCGAGACGGAGGCAGUGGUGACUGUUGUCAGAAUCCCAUCAAGCAAAGGCUUUUCUGUGGACACCAACACAUUCACAAUCCAGCCCCAGGACUCAUUUAGCCUGACCAUCAGCUGGACUCCAACAGAAGAGGGUGGAAUCAGAGAGCUGAUCAUCUUCAGCGCCAAUGGGGUCCUCAAGCACCAGGCAGUUUUGCUGGGGAAAGCGGAAGCCUCCAAAAAGAAAAAGAAGAGCCUCUGGGAUGCUAUCAAAAAUAAGAAGAGAGGUGAAAAAGGAUCUCCCUACAGGGCAAAGAAGAUCGUGCCACCGACCAAGAUGGCUGCCAGUAAAACGGUAGUCGUUUCCCGGAAACCACCGUAUGAACAAGAAAAACUCCAAGGUCCACUUUCUCCUCUCAAUGAUGUAAAAACGGGCAGAAAUAAAUCUAUCAGCGAGCAUACUCUCCUUGAUGAUGAGCCUCUGAAAUCAGAGCAGCAAAGGUGUUUAAAACCAAUUCAAAAUCAAAGCUGCUUGGUGGACCAGGAGAAUGUGCACCCUGGUCAGAGACGCAGUUCUCUUCUGUUGGCCACAAAUGAGACAGUGAUGAGAGGUAGUUCACGUUCUUUACCUGGGACGGUUGACAACAAAAACCUCACAAAAAUGCUCAAUAAGACUUUGUCACCUAUUGGGACACCAGAAAGGUUGAAAAAACUAAUGCCUCAAAUUCAGCCUGUGGAGCACACAGCUUGUGUUUCCUUGAACACUGUACACAGUGGCCCAGUGAUAUCUUUGCAUGAUGCACUGACACUCAUUAACUCAGACCUCGCCCUUGUCAACAGCAGUUCUAAAAGCAGCAGUCCGAGUUGCGAGUUUUCUGAUUCUUUGGAAUUUAAAAGUGAAGAUCAUGAUCAUUUCAAAGCAUGCCCUGAUAGCCCAGAACUCUCUGAUUCCACAGAGUCCAGACUUACAUUCUUUGUAAGAAAAAAUGUUGAUGUUCCAAAGGUUGAAAAGCCUUUAGACAAACCUAAAAAAAUGUCUUUUAACUGUGAAACAGUGAUAAAAAACAAAGCACUUGUGACAAGUUGCGGAAGUGGGCAAAAAAUUAAAAAGUCAAGGCGUCGACUGUUGGAGAAAACACUGGAGUUAUUAGAAGAUAGCAGCCAGUCUGAGCAUGGACCAGGUACUCCCAACCUCCCUGUAAUAGAACUAGACAUAAAAACAGAGGGGUCUGAGCGGGUUGGUUCUCUCUGCGACGACUUCAAAGACGGACCAACGCUAAGGCUAGAUGAUGCUCAAAUGUUCAUCAAUACACAUGUAAGCUCUCCUCCAAGUAGUGCUCACUGGAGUGUCUCCACUUCAUCACCUUCCAAUAGCCCUCCCAUGACAUUCACAAGCUCCUCCCCGUUACACCUGGGCCAGUCUUCUCCACUUCACUGCAGCAACACAUCAAAUCCUCUCCUCACCGUACCAGCUCAGAAAACAGAUAUUCCUCCUCAGCUGAUCCCAGCCAAUCAAUCCACCCAGGAGGAGUUGUUUCCUGUUCACAUGGUGACAGAUAGCAGGAAGAGAAAGCAUGAAGAGUGUUUGAGAGGAGUUAUGACGAUUGGCCAUGGUGAAAAAAACAAUCCAGUUAAGAUGACCAAAAUGGUCUCUUGGAAAAGUGAGCACAUCGAAUCAGCAGAGGAAAAGACUACAUCACAGAGGCAGCCAGUCAAAGUAAAUGGUAGGGUGAGAAGCUCGAAAACUUCUGCGAAGACCAGAAGGUCAUCAGUCUCUGCGCAAAAAAAGCCAUCAAGUUCCAAACUCCCCCUACGAGGUGCUGCCUCGGUGAAGUCAUCCAAAGCACAGAGUGUCAAGUGUGUGAAGAUGUCUGCUGUUGCAAUGAGAAAGUUGACCUUUGUUAAACCGACCCAGACAGCCAUACCCAGGCAUCCACUUCCUUUUGCUGCCAAGAACAUGUUCUAUGAUGAAAGAUGGAUUGAGAAGCAGGAGAGGGGUUUCACAUGGUGGCUCAACUAUAUCCUAACUCCAGAUGAUUUUAAAGUCAACACCGAAAUGACUAAAGUGAAUGCUGCUCCUCUAACAAUGGUCUGCAGCAACAAUAUCAGUGUUUCCAAGGCCCCCACCAAGGAGGAGAUGUCUUUCAGCACUUACACAGCACGGCGAAAGUUGAAUCGCCUUCGUCGAGCUGCCUGUCAGAUAUUCACCUCAGAGACUAUGGUCAAAGCGAUAAAGAGGUUGGAACUUGAAGUGGAGGCAAAGAGGCUUCGCAUUCGCAAAGACCGACAUCUUUGGAAAGAUAUAGGUGAACGUCAAAAAGUUCUCAACUGGCUUCUUUCUUACAAUCCACUGUGGUUGCGUAUUGGUCUUGAGACAAUCUUUGGGGAGUUGAUCUCGCUGGAGAGCAACAGUGACUCAACAGGUCUGGCUAUGUUCAUCCUGCAGCGUCUUUUAUGGAAUCCCGACAUUGCUGCUGAGUUCAGACAUCCUAAAGUUCCUCAUCUUUACAAAGAUGGCCACGAGGAAGCACUGUCUAGCUUCACUCUAAAAAAGCUACUGUUGCUGGUGUGUUUCCUGGACAAGGCCAAGGAGUCUCGCCUCAUUGAGCACAACCCAUGCUUAUUCUGUGUUGAUGGAGAGUUCAAGACAAGCAAAGACCUUUUGCUGGCCUUCUCAAGAGAUUUCUUGAGUGGGGAGGGAAUUCUCCCUCGCCAUCUUGGAUACCUUGGAUUAUCAGUUUCCCAUGUUCAGACUCCUCUGGAUGAAUUUGACUUUUCUGUGAUGAAUUUGGCCGUUGACUUGAAAUGUGGAAUUCGACUAGUGAGAGUUAUGGAGCUCCUAAUAAAGCAGUGGGACUUGUCAGCAAAACUACGGCUGCCAGCAAUCAGCCGCUUGCAAAAGAUCCACAAUAUGGAUAUUGCUUUGCAAGUCCUCAAAAUCAGAGGGGUCGACCUUAAGGAUGAAUACGGCUCCAUCAUUGAUUCAAGAGACAUUGUUGAUGGCCACAGGGAAAAGACAUUGAGCCUCCUGUGGAAAAUCAUUUUUUCUUUUCAGGUGGAAGUGGUUUUGGAUGAGGAUCAGUUGAGGGAGGAGAUUAUCUUCCUGAAGAGAACCCUAAGGACAAAACAGAAGUUGGCCUCUCUAAGGGCUGGUCUCGGCCUUGACACCAGUGGACUAAAGACCAAGGUGCCUUUUGAGCACAGCAGCACCAAAGUUGUUCUACUGAUGGAGUGGGCCCGUGCUGUGUGUGAUUUCUACAAUUUAACACUGGAGAACUUCACUGUGACAUUCUCAGAUGGCCGUGUCCUCUGCUACCUAAUCCACCACUACCAUCCCGGUCUCAUCACAGCGGAGUCUGUGCAUCAUUACACCACCCAAACUGUAGAUUGCUCAUCAAGGGGUCGCCUGGAGCUCAACUGCUCGGCCACAGACUCUGACAAUUCCUUUGACUCCUGUCCCACAGGCCUUAAUGGCCUGUACCCUGCUAUGAAGUUUGCAGAGCUGCUGGAAAAUGAAAAGAGCAAUUUUAGCUUGGUUAAUACUGCAGUGGCUUUUUUGGGUGGAGUACCUGCCAUGAUCAACCCAGCUGACAUGUCCAACACCAUCCCCAAUGAGAAGGUUGUAAUGUCUUACCUGUCUUUCCUGUGUGCUCGUCUCUUGGACCUGCGUAAUGAAACCAGAGCAGCCCGGGUCAUACAAGGUGUCUGGAGGAAUUACAGGUUAAAAAAAGACUUGCAGUGCUACAAGGAGAGAAACAUGGCUGCUGUGAAAAUUCAGGCAGCUGUGAGGCAUUUUCUCCAGCGUCACAGGGCCAAAAAGCAAUAUGCAGCAUCCACAAUCAUAAAAUCAGCUUGGAGAGGCUUUGUAACCCGCAAAAAGCUGCAGAUUGAAAAGGAAAAAGAACUCUGGAUCAUACGAGAACGAGCAGCAACAAUCAUCCAGGCACAAUGGAGAAUGUUCUCAGCCCUGACAUAUUACCAGAAUCUCCGAUACAAGACCAUUGUUGUCCAAUCACAGUGGCGAAUGAAGAGGGCAGUCUUUGCUUACGGAAGAAUCUACUGUGCAACAACUGUUUUGCAGCGAUAUUUAAAAGCUUUCAUUAUUGGAAGAAAGGAACACACAAGUUAUCUUUCUCUCAAAGCAGCAGUGCUGAAAAUUCAGAGAGGAUACAGACGUUGGAAAAUCCAGAAAACUCAAAGGGAAAACCAUGCUGCCAGAGUUUUGCAAACCGCAUUUAGGAAAUGGUACAUCGAGAAAAUUGCCAAAAGAGCAGCAGCUGCUAUUAAGAUUCAGUCUUUCUAUAGAAUGCAGAGGUGCUUAUAUCAAUACAGAAAAAUCCAAAGAAGUGCCUUGUUCAUUCAAGCCCAUUACAGAGGUCAUGCACAAAGAUGCCAGUAUCAGAAGCACAAGCAACAACUCAACGCAGCCAUUGUCAUUCAGAGUGCUUUCAGAGGGUACUGUGUCAGGAAAAAGGCUUUGAGAUUAAAAUAUGCUACAGUCCUUAUCCAGCGGUGGUACCGGGCCUCUGCUCGAAGAAAUGUGGAAAGGCAACUAUUUCUCAAGAUGUGCUGUGCAGCUAGGACCAUUCAGGUGGCUUACCGGAGAAAAAGAGCAUGUAAUUCACUUAAACAGCACAGAGCUGCAACUGCGAUACAGGCUGCGUUCAGAAAAUUUGUUACCCGAAGACGCUACCUUGCUCUGAGAAAAGCAACAGUUGUGAUACAGCAAAAGCGUCGAGCCACAAUUUUAUCUCGUAGGACGAAGGAGGACUAUGAAACUUUAAAAAAGGCCGUACUCAUAAUACAAGCCAAUUGGAGAGGUCGAGCUGACAGGAUGAGGCUUGAAAAAUCCCACCAGUGUGCAACACUUAUCAAGGCCCACUACUUGCGAUACAAGGCCCAAGUGGAGUUUAGGUCAAAAAAGGCAGCAGCUGUUGUCAUUCAACGUCACUAUCAGGCCUAUGUGGCUGGAAAGAAAACCAGGACAGCAUUUCUCCAGAAGCGAGCAGCCUGUGUCAAGAUAGCAGCAGGAUAUAGAGGAAUGAAAGUUAGGACAGACCUUAAGGAAAAGCACAAAUCUGCAGUUGUCAUCCAGGCUGCAUUUAGGAUGUAUUUAAUGAGGAAACAAUACAUUCUCAUUCAAAGUGCAACCAUUAUCAUCCAGAGCCGUUAUAGAGCUCUACUCCUCUGUAGAGCACACCGACACAAGUAUGAAGAGCUAAAAAAAGCUGCUUUAAAAAUCCAAACAAUUUACAGAGGCUGGAGACAAAGAGAAGAAUUUAAGAAAAGGGACAAUGCCGCAAGAGUAAUCCAGGCUCUGUUCAAAAUGCACAGAGUACAUAUGGCUUAUGUUACUAUGAAGUGUGCUGCUAUCAUUUUACAAGAGCGAUUCAGGGCCAAAAUGCUCAUGGAUCAACAACUGAAGAAGUACAGGACCAUGAAAUCUGCCGCUAUUAUCAUCCAGGCCGCAUAUCGUGGUCAUCGAACCAGGGUGAAAAUUGCACAGAUGCAGCGUGCGGCUAUUGUUCUUCAGAGAAAGUUUCUCACGAUGCGGGAGAGGAAUAAAUUCCUUGCUAUUAGGUCGGCAACAUUGGCUUUCCAGCAGCGGUACAGAGCUGUGAUCCUGAUGAGAGAAGAGCGGGAGCAUUAUCUCUCAAAGUGUAGGUUGGUCAUUUUCCUGCAAGCGGCCUUGAGAGGAUACAUCAUCCGAAAGCAGUUAGGCAUCAAGCAUAGCGCUGCUGUUAAGAUUCAGUCAAACUUUCGGAGAUAUCUACAGACAAACUACUAUAGGAGGCUUCGAUGGGCUUCUGGUGUUUUGCAAGCACGUUACAAAGCCAACAAAGAAAUAAGACGUGAGAAGCAGGCUCUGACUGCAAAGAGACAUGCUGUGAUUGUCCUACAAUCCGCUGUCCGGGGAAUGAUCUGCAGAAAAAUGAUUAAACGAAAGCAGAAAGCCUCCUCUAUUAUUCAGAGAGCUUUCAGAGCCCACUUCGAACACAAAAAGUACAUUACGUUAAAAUCUUCAGUGCUUGCUGUACAACGUAGAUUCCGCGCCACUCAAGCAGCCAAGGCUGCAAUGCAACAUUACCAAAACUUGCACAAGUCUGCAGUCAUCAUUCAGGCUGCAUACAGAGGACUGAGGGUCAGGAAGGAUGUUGCUUGUUGGCAUCAGGCUGCCACUUUGAUUCAGUCUACUUUCAGAAUGCACAGAGAAGAAGUCAAAUUCCAGGACUUACGUCUGUCGACAAUAAUAAUCCAGAAAUAUUACCGGGCCCAUCUCCUUCAGAAAAAAGACCAGAGAUACUAUUUGAAAGUAAGAUCCUCAGCAAUCACUCUUCAGGCAGCUAUCAGAGGUCUCUCUGUUAGAAGAAGGAUUGCCAAGAUGCACAGAGCUGCAACAAUUGUACAAGCAAACUUCAAGAGGCAUAAGCAACAACUGGUCUUCAGGAAACAAUGCUUGGCUGCUCGUGUUAUACAGCAAAGGUUUAGAGCUCUGAGACAGAGGAACUUAGAAAUGAAACGCUAUCAAGAAUUCAGGAAUGCUGCUUGUUAUCUCCAAUCUGCCUUUCGAAGAAUGAAAAAAAGACACUUAAUCAAACAAAGGUAUCAGGCUGCAACAGUCAUCCAGUCUGCUUUCAGAGGUCACAGAGAAAAAAGGAAAUUCCAGGCCAUGUGCUCAUCAACCAUCACUAUCCAAAGAUACUAUAGAAGAGUUAGAGCUCUAAGACAGAGAAACCUUGAGAAACAACGUUACCAAGAAGUUAAAACUGCUGUGAUCAGACUACAAGCUGCAUUCCGAGGAAUGAAAACGAGACGAUCCAUUAAACGGUGGCAGCAGGCUGCAACUGUGAUCCAGUCUGCUUUCAGAGGUCACAGAGAAAAAAUAAAAUUCCAGGCCAUGUGCUCAUCAGCCAUCACUAUCCAAACAUACUAUAGAGCAUAUAAUCUUCAGAAAAACGAAAGGUACUACUUCAUGAAACUCAGAUCCUCAAUCAUCUGCUUACAAGCGGCCUAUAGGGGCCAUUUGGAGAGACGAAGAAUUGCUAAAAUGCACAAAGCAGCUACCAUUGUUCAAGCACAUUUCAAGAGACAUAGGCAGCAAUUGACUUUCAAGAAGCAACUAUGGGCUGUAUGUAUCUUACAGCAGAGAGUUAGAGGUCUAAGACAGAGAAACCUUGAGAAACAACGUUAUCAAGAAGUUAAGACUGCUGUGACCAGACUACAAGCUGCAUUCAGAGGAAUGAAAACAAGACGAUCCAUUAAACGAUGGCAACAGGCUGCAACUGUGAUCCAAUCUGUUUUCAGAGCCCAUUGUAAGUUGAAGCGGUAUUUGAAAAUAAAAUCCUCUGCACUGACCAUUCAGCAAAGGUUUCGUUCUGCUAGAGCAGCCAAAUCUCAAAGGAAACGGUUCUUGGAAUUGUGCAACGCUGCCAUCAUCUUACAGGCACAUUUCAGAGGCAAACAAACCCGAAAAUUCAUUGUCCGUUUGCACCAGGCUGCAACUGUAAUCCAAUUGGCAUACAGGAAACAUGUUAUACUUCAAAUUCUGCAUGCAUCUGUUGUGGUGAUUCAGAAGCACUACCGGGCUUUUAUCCGUCAAAGGCAAGAAAGAACAAACUUCCUGAAAAUGAAAUGGGCUGCAGUGAUUCUCCAGGCUGCGUAUCGAGGCCACUGUGUUAGGAGAGACAUAAACCAACAAAAUGGAGCUGCUUGCUUGAUCCAAUCAUACUGGAGAUGCUCAGUCCAGAGGCGCAUCUUCCAGAAGAAGAGAGAGGCAGCUGUGAAAUUGCAAGAGAGGUUCCGAGCAAUGCAGGUUGGCAAUGUCGAAAGAAAAAGAUUUGUCAGAAUAAGGCAGGCAGCAGUCACACUUCAAAGCUACUACAGAGACUGGGUUGUGCGAAAGCAGGAACACGAGGCUGCCAUUGCACAGAGGAGACUUCGUUUUGCUGGGGCUGUCUUCCACCACCUCUGUGCUAUUAAGAUCCAAAGAGCUUUGCGAGCAUACUGGACCUUGAAAACUGCAAAGACACAGAUACAUUCUGUCAUCAUUAUACAGAAUUUGGUGCGAAUGGUGCUGCAAAAGAGACGCUACCUGGCAGACCGAAGGAAGGUGGUUACAGCCCAAAGAGCAGUCAGGCGUUGGUUAGCUCGGCGCCACAAAUCUGCAUUGGUUAUCCAGUGUGCUACUCGGAAGUUCCUCCUCCUCAGGCGCCAGAAGAAAGUUGAAAAGGGCAUAGUCAAAGCACAGGCUCUGUGGAGAGGACACGUCUCCCGCAAACUGAACGACAGUACCAAAGUGAUAAAGUUGAGACAGAAAUUACGCAAAGUCUCAGCUGGUGCUCGAGAGGAGGACAAAUUGCGCAACAAAACCUCAUCGGCCUUGGACUGUAUCCUUCGAUACAAACACUUCUCCUCAAUUCUCGAGGCCCUGAAAAACCUAGAAGCCACCACCAGGUUGUCCCCUGUAUGCUGUGAACAUCUGGUAGAGAGCGGCGCCACCAGUGUUAUCUUCACCCUUAUCAUCUCCUGCAACAGGAGUGUGCCCUGCAUGGAUGUUAUCACAUACUCAAUCCAGAUCCUACUCAACCUCUCUAAGUACCACAAAACCAUUGAGGCUGUGUAUGCGGUGGAAAACUCGGUGAAUAUACUGGUUGACCUGCUACAGACAUACAGAGGGAAAGCAGGAGAUAAAGUGGGUGACAAAGGCAAAGACAUCUUCACCAAAGCCUGCUUUUUACUGGUUCUGCUCCUGCAAGACAAAUGCCGUGCAGAGGAGGUUGUAAAGUGUCCUAAGAUUUUGGAUAAGAUAAAACGUAUUUACAGCCUCACCAUACACAAACACAACAUGGAUACAGAAAGAAAUGUGACCAAGCAGAAGAUGGCAGCAUCAGUAAAUGGGAGCUUCUAUGUCCCAGCAACACCAAGGAAGACCCGUCCUGUUCAAAAGUUUGCACCCGAUUGGGUUCUCAGGAAGGACAAGCUUAAAAAUAUCGUGGAUCCUCUUGAGGCCAUUAAGAUGUUGGCUAGCGCUCUCUUCAUUGUUUUGUAG